AUGCCUUCCAUUAGCGAAGCCAAGCUCCGUGAUCUUUACACCAAGAUUCAAGACCUCCAAGAGCAGGUCGAGGAGUCGAAGCACCUUGUCGAGGUCCUUGAGGCCAACCUCAGAACCGCCAGACGAUCGGACACGAAUACCGGCAACCCUGGAGAGGCCAACGAUGGUCUCAAGGAGGGGGAGACUCGAGUGACCUUGAUCGAGAACGAGCGAGGUCGGUUCGUCAAGUGGACCACUGGCCCGGUCCUCUUUCCCGCAGCCGAGUUUGCAGAGAAGAUGGGCCUUGACUUUGAGACUUUCUGGGCUGAAAACGGCCCUGGCAGUCAAAAGACUACCGAGAAGGGUACCAAGGAGGGAGACCGGGAGAUUGUCUAA